AUGAGCUCCACUGGCGGCGGCGCGGACGGCCGGUCCGACUGGGCCGGCGACUUUGCCUGCGUCGAGUGCGGCCGCAAGCGGCUGACGGCCGCCGCCUUCUCCAAGCGCUCGAUCGAGCGGCACCGCACGGCCAACGUGCCGCUCAAGUGCACAGCGUGCGUCGAGGCGGCGGCGGCCAAGGAGCGCGCGGCGGCGGCGGCCAAGGCCGCUGCGGCGCCGGCUCCCGCCGACGGUGGCGGCGGUGAGGUGGUCUGCAGCGCCUGCUGCAAGCCGAGGCCCGCAGGCGACUUCACGCGGGCGCAGCUCCAAAAGGGAGCCAAGGCGCGGUGCGGCGACUGCGUGGCGGCGGCCGGCGCGGCGGCGGCGGCAGCGCCGUCCGACGCCUGGGAGGCGAGGUAUAAGGAGGCCAAGGAGGCGGCGCGAAAGGCGGAGGCCGUCGGCACCGCAGCAGCGAGGCUCGCGGCGGCGAGCAAGGUGGCGGCGUUAGAAGGCGAGCGCGUGACUGGCCUGAAGCCAGUGGUGCUCGGGCGCGGCGGGCGCGGGCGCGGCUCAUGGAGAGGCCGAGGUGGGACGCGUGGGCGGGCGUGA